GAUCUUCUCUCUCUAUCAUUAAUCGACGGUGGAUCUCGGUUCCCACCUUUGAACCUCGCCGCCCCGAAGGUUUUUUACUUUCUCUUCUUCCGCUGCACGUCGGCUUCCGCGCUUCCGCAAACCCUUUUUCAUCCUAUUCCCUGUCUCAAGCGGGCGAAAGGCUCGGUGCUAUGGCGAAGGGCAAGAGGGAGCGGAGGAUUCUGGCGGUGACGGGAGUCGCUGCCCUCGUUGCCGUCGGCCUCAAUCUGCUCAUAUCCGCCGUCAAGGCCCACAUGCAAGGGAGGCGGAGAAAGCGAGAUGUUCCUGGAUUAAAUGUUCUUGUUAAUCUCUCUGCAACAGAGAUCCACAAGCUAACUGAUCAGAUAAUCGCUAGAUCUAAGGAAGUUCAUGAUUUGGUUGCUUCGGUUCCUCUUGAGAAAGUCUCCUACAUGAAUACUAUCUCCCCUUUAGCAGAAUUAGAAGCUUAUCAGUUCCCAAUGGUGCAAUCUUGUGUCUUCCAUAGAAUGGUUUUCACCUCGAAUGAUAUUCAGAAAGCAAGUAUGGAAGCUGAAAGACGAUUGGAUUUGCACUUUUCAGCAUGCAGAAAGCGUGAGGAUGUAUACCGUGUCAUUAAGGCUUUUGCUGAUAGAGGAGAAUGGCUAGGUUACGAAGCUAAACGAUACACCCAAUGCUUGGUUGAAGAGUUUGAACGAAAUGGUGUUUGUCUUAAUCCAAGCAAGAAAAAUGAAUUGGAGAGUUUGGGAAAGCAAAUUGAAGAACUCAGUUUCCAGUAUAUCCAAAACCUUAAAAUGGACAACAGUUUUCUCCUUUUAAGUGAAGCUGAACUUGCAGGGAUGCCUCUUCAAUUCAUUGAGAUCUUGGAGAAGAUGGAAGAUGGAAGAGUGAAGGUUUUCUUGAAAAGUUCUAAUGUUACUCCAAUACUUGAGCAUUGCAAGAUUAGGUCGACACGGAGGUUGAUUGCUGUGGCUUAUGGUCAGAGAUGUGGAAAAGAAAAUCUUGAUAUCUUAGAAAAUUUGGUUCAGUUACGCCAUAAAUAUGCACGGUUGCUUGGUUUCUCUAACUAUGCUGAAUUUGCUCUUCAAUCUAGAAUGGUCAGAACAUCCGAAAAGGUUUUUCAAUUUUUAGAAGAUCUCUCAGAAAGUUUAAGUGAUCUGGCAAUGGAAGAGCUUAAUGUACUCAAGGAUCUUAAGAUAAAAGUUGAUGGUGAUUCACAUUUUGGAAUGGAAGAUUUACUAUACUACAUGAGGAGGGCUGAAGAACAACACCUUGAUCUUGACUCUGGAGAAGUUAAACAAUACUUUCCUGUCAACUUGGUUUUAUCUGGCAUUUUAAAAUUUUUUCAAGAUUUGUUCGGUUUAAAAUUUCAAGAAAUUAAAGAUGUUGAGGUUUGGCAUGAAACUGUGUGCCUCUUUUCCGUUACUGAUGUCAGCUCUAGUGAGCUUUUGGGUUACUUCUAUCUUGACAUUUUUUCCAGAGAAGGAAAGUAUGCUCACACUUGUGUUUUGGCCCUUCAAAAUGGUAGCCUGUCUUCUAGUGGUAUGCGUCAGAUUCCAGUUGCCCUAUUAAUUUCUCAGUGUCUAAAACAAACUGAUGAUAAUCCUGUGCUACUGCGAUUCUCAGAAGUUGUCACUCUAUUCCAUGAGUUUACCCAUGUGGUACAUCAUAUGUGCAUGCGUGCGACCUUUUCAAGGUUUUCUGGUCUGCAAGUGGAUGCUGACUUCAUUGAAAUUCCUAGUAAGCUUCUUGAGAACUGGUGUUACCAGAGUAUCUCACUGAAAAUGAUGUCUGGUUUCUACCAGGAUAUCACAAAAUCCGUCACAACUAAUAUGUGCACAUCAUUAAGGAGAAAGCGGGAUUUGUUCUCUGGCCUUAAACUGAAGCAAGAAAUUCUACUUUGCCUCAUGGACCAAUUUAUUUAUUCGAGUGAGAAUGUCAAUAUGCUGGAGUUACUUAAGCAUUUGCAUCCUAAGAUAAUGCUAGGAAUACCAUUAUUAGAAGGUACCAACCCAGCCUCAAGUUUUCCCCAAAUUGCUAUCGGCUCUGAAGCCACUUGCUAUAGUUCUAUCUGGAGCGAGGCCAUUGCUGCUGACAUAUUUGCAUCAAAUUUUCAAGAGGAUUUGCUAAACCAACAUGCAGGACUUCAGUUCAGAAAUAAGGUAUUAGCUCCAGGAGGUGCUAAAGAGUCGCUUGAAAUUCUCUCAGAUUACUUGGGAAGAGAACCUACAGUGCGCUCAUUCAUCGAAAGCAAAACCAAGAACAGUUUGUAAAAGAAGCCCUCUUUAUUCUGUUCGUAUCAAGGUUAGCUUGUAUUGUGAUCAACACUGAAUAUUUUGUCUCUGAUAGAUUUGCACAACCUGUAAACUAUUGCAAAAUCAUAAUUAUGAGUAUAAUAAUAAGGAUAGUACUAAAUGGUCAGAAUCUAACCAA